AUGGCACAGUGUAACGCCUCAUCCAAAUACCAGGAUAUCAUCUCCAAAAGUCUUCAGAUCUCUUCAGGAUCUCCUGCUGUCUACCAGCUGAGACCAAAAGAAAAGAAGAAUGGAAAUUUGACAAGAAAGAUUCUUGGAGUGAAAAACCCGAACAAGAUAAACAAAAACAUCUUACUUGUAGGUGAAACAGGAACAGGAAAAUCGACUCUUAUCAACGCUCUGGUCAACUACACCAUGGGAGUGAAGUUUGAUGACAAAAUCUGGUUUGAGAUCAUCGAAGAUGAGAAGAGAGAUCAAAUAGAGAGUCAGACAUCAGAUGUCACCACAUACGAGAUCUUUGGUUAUGAAGAUGUAACUCUGCCCUACUCUCUGACCAUCAUCGAUACUCCUGGAUUCGGAGACACCAGAGGGAACAAACUAGAUGACAUGGUUAGUCAAAGAUUAUUUGACUUGUUCCGCUCAGACGAUGGAGUUCAUGAACUUUCUGCAGUGGGACUGGUGGUGAAGGCGAGUGAGAAUCGAGUGAGUGAUCGACUGAGCUACAUAUUUAAUUCAGUGACGUCUCUGUUUGGGAAAGGCAUUGAGGAGAACAUUGUAUCUCUCAUCACAAACUCUAAUGGACUAACACCUGAAAAUGCUCUGAAAGCUCUUGAAGCUGCAAACAUUAAAUGUGCCAAAGAUGAAGACAAUGAACCUGUUCACUUCCUGUUUGAUAACUGCCAGAGAAAAGAGAGAACAAAGAAAACCAAGGUUCCUUUAGAGAAUGCAUGGAGGACAACAGAAGCAGGAAUGGAACAAUUCACAGACUUCCUGAAAGAAUCUAAACCUCAGAAGCUGAAGACAACAGUUGAAGUGUUGAACUCACGGAUCAGACUGACAGCCUGCAUUCAAAACCUGCAAGAAAGAAUCCAGCUGAUUGAACUGAAACAGAGAGAGAUCCAACAGACUAAAAAAGCUCUGAAGAACCAUGAAGAAGAGAUGAAGAAGAAUGAGAAGUUCACUGUAGAAGUUGAUGAGCCCUGCAAAGUGAAAAGAGAUAACGAGGGUUGGUGGGACUAUAAAGCUGUCACCUGUAGCAGAUGUGAAGAGAACUGUCACUAUCCUGGAUGCACAUGGGCCUGGAAUGCUUCAUGGUGUGAGGUCAUGGAAGGUGGUCGCUGCACUUCAUGUACAGGGAAGUGUCCUGUAUCAUAUCAUGUGAAAGAAAACUGGAGAUAUGUGAACAGCACCAAGAAAGUGAAGAAGACCCUACAAGAUAUGAAAAAAAUGUAUGAAGAGAAUCAGUCAGAAAAUGAGAAGAAGAAGAGCCUGAUGGAACAUCUUGAAACAGAGAUGGAAGAACAGGAAGCAGAGAAGGUAAAGUUGCUGGAUGAGGCCUACCAACAUGUUGUUAAACUGGAGCAGAUCGCCCUGAAUGAUAAUUCAGCAUCCACUCAUGUCCACUUGGACUUCCUGAUUGAGAAGAUGGAGGAGACAGGAGACACAGAGAAGGUGAAGAAGCUGGAGGAGAUGAAGAGUAAAGUGGAUACAAAAACCAGAGCAGCAAUGGAGUACAUGAGUGGUAAAAUAACAUCAGCUGGUAAAGCAAUUAAAGGUGCAGUGAAAAGGGGACAUCAUCAAAUAGCUGAGUAG